AUGUUUUUUUUUCUAUCUGCAGCCUUUGCCCCAUUACGUGCAAGUGUCAUUGAUAUUCAUUCAAAUGCUCGAUGGCAACAAAAUGGGAUUACUGUAGUUGGAGAAAAUGGAAAAGGCAAUGGAAUCAAUCAACUCUCAAACCCAUGGGGUUUGUUUGUUGAUGAUGAACAAACAAUCUAUGUUGCUGAUCAAGGCAAUCAUCGUAUUAUGGAAUGGAAAUGGGGUGCGACGAGUGGCCAAGUGGUUGCCGGUGGAAAUGAAGAAGGAAGUGGGACUCAUCAAUUGUCUUACCCAUAUGAUGUGAUUGCCGACAAAGGGACAGAUAGUCUCAUUAUAUGCGAUCGUUGGAAUAACAGAGUGGUGCGAUGGCCUCGUCGAAAUGGAACAAGUGGAGAAACAAUCAUAUUCAACAUCUCUUGUAUGGGUUUGACAAUGGAUGAGAAUGGAUCUCUCUAUGUCGUUGACUGGAGAAAACAUGAAGUGAGACGAUAUCGAAGAGGAGAAUCGGAAGGAACAGUGGUUGCAGGUGGCAAUGGAAAUGGAAAUCGUCUCGAUCAACUCAAUGGUCCACACUACGUAUUCGUCGAUCGAGAUCAAUCAGUCUAUGUAUCUGACUGUUGGAAUCAUCGUGUGAUGAAAUGGAUGAAAGAUGCAAAACAAGGCAUUGUCGUGGCUGGUGGUCAAGGAGAAGGAAAUGGUCUUACACAAUUGUCAUAUUCUGAAGGAGUCGUUGUCGAUGAAUUGGGCACUGUCUAUGUGGUUGAUUCAGACAAUGAUCGAAUCAUGCGUUGGCCCAAAGGAGCCACACAGGGAAGUGUCAUUGUUGGUGGAAACGAUCGAGGAGGACAAUCGAAUCAACUGAAUGGGCCCGAAGGUUUGUCAUUCGAUCGACACGGCAAUCUCUAUGUCGUCGAUUACAGAAAUCAUCGAGUACAAAAAUUCAACAUCGAAUCCAAUAAAUAAAGGACAAGUAACUUUUAAAAAAAAUCUUGUACACCGCGUUUGUUUUUUUUUUUUAAAUCUAAAAUAAAUUUCAUUAAUCAAUAAGAAAAAGUAACUCAACCCGGGAGCCCGCUAUGCCACCAUUUUUCAAGGUUUCCGAAACCUUGGAAACCUUGAAAAAUCCAAUAUUUCCAAUUCAUUAAAAAACCAUGAAAAACAUUGCAAAUCUUCGUAUUUCGAUGUUCUGGAAAUAGCCUGACGUUGUGAAACAUCUGGAAAAACGUAAAGUGACACAAAAUCCUUGAAACUCUCACAAUUCUACGGCUUUGAGAAAUCUUAAACCUUAGAAUUGAAGAUCGAAGUAAGGAUUCUAAGGAUUCCAUGAGUUAAAACUUUGUGUAGCCUUCAGAAUAGUAAAGUCCAUGGUGGCGUUUAUCAGAAUCAAGGAAUCACUAGACAUUCAGCAAUCUAAAUCCUUGAAACCCUUGAAAUCCUGAUGGUGCUGAUGUCGAUCUCUAGGCAUGUCAAGCGUUAGUAAUGGUUCCCAGGAUUCCAUCACUGGAAACGUUGUGUAGCCUUCAAAAAGGUGAAAGUUAUGAUGAUAUGUAUCAGAUUCAAAGAAUUCCAAGACAUCCAACAGUGGGAAUCCUUGAAACCCUAGAAACCUUAAAAGCUUCCAUGCCGAUCCUUAGGCAUGCGAAACCUAAGCAAGGAUUCCAUGAUUUGAAACCUUGUCUAGCUUUCAGAAUAUUGAAGACCAUAAUUGUGUUCAUCAGAUUCAAAGAAUUCUAAGAUAUCCAACGAUGGAAAUCCUUGAAUUCCUCCAGGCUCGUAUGAACAUACUGAUUCAUCAAAUGUCAAGCAAGAAUUGCAAGGAUAUCGUCACUUGAAAUGUUGUGUCGUUCUCAGAAUGGCAAAACUCAUGAGAAAGUCUAUCAGAUUCAGAGAAUUAUGAGACAUUUAACGUUUGUAGACCUUGAAAGUCUGGAAAUUCUAGACACUUCUAUGCAGUUCACUAAUAUUGGAGACUUGAGCGAGGAGUGCAAAUAUUUCAUGAGAUGAAAAUGUUUCUUGAGGUCGUUAAUGUAAUCAUGGUACGGCGGUUUCUAUGAGAAUCCAAAAUUUUCCAGCUAUUGGACACAUUGAAAACUUGAUAUCCGAAGACUCUUAAGCCUCGUGUACAGUUCCAUAAACAUGGAGAGCUAAAGCAAGAACUUGAAAGACGCCAUAAGUUGAAACGUUUUCUAUUCUUUCAAUCAAUCAAUAGCAUGGUGAAAUUUGGGAUGUGGAUAUGUGGGUGUGGAUGCGGGUAUUGACCAAGAGAAGACUUAUGUAUACAGUCACACACAUCGACACCGGGUUUAGGACAGUUGGUCGCACGGACAGUUGGUCGCGGACAGUUGCGCACGAACAGUUGGUCGCAGGACAGUUGGUCGCACGGACAUUUGGUCACUAGGACACUUGGUCGCAUAAGUAUAAAGUAGGAACAAUAUGGGGUGAAAAAAAUUUAACAUUAUUUAUUCCCUAGACCGAAAGACUAGGGUCUAGAAAUCGUAAUUCACCUGGGUCUGUCUGUCCGUCUGUUUCUUUGUCUCUAACAAGGGCGUGGUAUAAAUGACCAGUUUUUGGCACCAAUGACAAUGUCCUGCGACCAAUUGUCCUGCGAGCAACUGUCCGCGCGCAACUGUCCGCGACCAAGUGUCCGUGCGACCAACUGUCCGGAUCCCAUUGACACCCACCCACUAACACUUAUACCCACCUACAUCCAAGACUGAUUCCAUCUUUGCAUGUUGGAUAAUCAAUGGAAUCUUUGCAAUCCUUUGAUCUUGUAGCUUUGGAAGUAUUUUCGGCUUUUGGAAAUUCCAUGGAUGGCUUCGAAUUUUUCGAUGUUUCAUCUUAGAAUAAGCAGUCACGACCGGUUGCGACCUUGCUUAAGGGUCUCAUCAGGUGACUAUCAUCUAAUUCAUCA